AUGCAAUUUACAUUUCUACUAUCAACUAUCUUUCUAAGUCUAGUCUCCUUUGUACUAGCUAAAAAGAAUUUUUAUCAAAUAUUAGGAGUUGAUAAAUCAGCUUCUGAAAAAGAAAUAAAAUCAGCAUAUAGACAAUUAACUUUAAAAUAUCAUCCAGAUAAAAAUAAAGGAGAUGAAGAAGCUCAUGAUAAAUUUAUAGAAAUUGGAGAAGCUUAUGAAGUAUUAAGUGAUAAAACUAAAAGAAAAAAUUAUGAUCAAUUUGGUGAUCCAAAUGGUCAACCACAACAUCAACAAUUUGAUUUUGGUGAUAUGUUUGGACAAUUUUUUGGAGGACAUCAUGGUGGAGGUGGUGGAAGACAUCAACAAGUUCAAAGAGGUGCAGAUACUUCAACUAAUAUUCAUUUAUCUUUAAAAGAUUUUUAUAGAGGAAAAUUAGUAUCAUUUGAUGUUGUUAUGCAAAAUACUUGUUCAAAAUGUGAUGCUACUGGUUCUAAAGAUAAAAAAACUCAUCAAUGUGAAAAAUGUCAUGGUACUGGACAAAUUACAGUACAACAUCAAUUAGCACCUGGAUUUAAUCAACAAAUUAGAAUGGUUUGUGAUUCAUGUCAAGGUCAAGGUAAAAAAAUUACAAAUCCAUGUUCAACAUGUCAAGGUUCAGGAGUAGUAAGAGGUCAAAGACAUUAUGAUAUACAUUUAGAACCAGGACAACCAAGAGAUUCCUCAAGAAAAUUAGAAGGAGAAGGUGAUCAAUCUCCAAAUUGGAUACCAGGAGAUUUAAUUUUAAAUUUUAGAGAAAAAUUUGAUGAAAGUUGGGGUUAUAGAAGAAUAAAUAAUAAUUUAUAUAGAACUGAAGUUAUAACAUUAAAUGAAUCAAUUAACGGUGGUUGGGAAAGAAAAAUUCCAUUUUUUGGAGAAGAUGAAGAUUCAGAAAUUGAUCAUGAAAUAAUAUUAAAAAGACAAAAGGGAGAAAUUAUAAUUGAUGGACAAAUUGAAAUUAUAAAAGGUAAAGGUAUGCCUAUAUUAAAUGAUCAUGAUGAAGAAGAUAAAUUUGGUGAUUUAUUUAUUGAAUAUAAAGUUUUAAUACCUGGUGGUAAUGUAAAAAGUAAUGAAAUUAAAAAAGAUGAAUUAUAG